UGCACUUCGUUUCAUAAAUUGAAUAUGAUAGAGAGGAGAGAGAGAGAGAGAGAGAUGGCAAGGAUAAUCAAGCCCCCACCUUCUCUAGGGAAGAUGGUUACAGUACUGAGCAUUGAUGGAGGUGGUGUGAGAGGCCUAAUACCAGGAACCAUCCUCGCCUUCCUGGAAUCCCAGUUGCAGAAACUGGACGGGGCGGAGGCCAGAUUGGCCGAUUAUUUCGACGUGAUAGCAGGAACGAGUACCGGCGGCCUAAUUACCUCCAUGCUUACAGCUCCUAACAGCAACAACAGGCCCCUCUAUGCUGCCAAAGAUAUCAAUGCCUUUUACCUUCAACACUGUCCCAAGAUAUUCCCGCGUAACAGGGGUUCGUUGGGUUCGGCAAUGAGCUUAAUGGGUGCAGUUAUGGGACCCAAGUUCGAUGGAGUAUAUUUGCGUUCUCUGUUACAAGAGACCCUUGGGGAGACAAGGCUACACCAAACGUUAUCUACCGUUGUUAUUCCUACUUUCGACCUCAAGCUUCUUCGGCCUGUCAUAUUUUCCACCUAUGAGGCGAAAAGGGAUGUUGGGAAGGACGCUCUUCUUUCUGACAUCUGCAUAGGCACAUCAGCAGCUCCGACAUAUUUCCCCGCUCACCACUUCAAAACAAAGGAUGCCCAGGCCAAAACCAAAAGUUUCAACCUCAUCGACGGUGGCGUUGCUGCUAAUAACCCUGCAUUAGUCGCAAUGAGUGAAAUCACAAAAGAGAUAAUUAUGGGAAACCGUGAUUUCUUCCCCAUAAACCCAUUGGCUUACCAUGGAAAAUAUCUAGUCAUCUCUCUGGGCACAGGAGCACCCAAGCUGGAAGGCAAGUAUAACGCUGUGGUAGCCUCUAAAUGGGGAUUGGUGGGAUGGAUGUACCAUGGUCAUAGGGCCAAACCUCUCAUUGAUUGUUAUGCCCGCGGAAGUGCUGAUUUGGUUGAUCUCCAUGCUUCCGUUCUUUUCCAAGCACUCCGUUCUCAAAACAAUUACCUUCGAAUCGAGGAUGACAGUUUAGUUGGAGAUGCUGUUUCAGUAGAUAUUUCAACAAAGGACAAUAUGGAGAAUUUGAUCAAGAUGGGUAAAGAACUUCUCAAGAAACCGGUGUAUAGAGUCAACGUGGAGACUGGAUUGAAUGAAGAGGUGAAAGGAGAGGGUACAAAUGAAGAAUCUUUGACUCGUUUCGCCAAGCUUCUCUCCGGUGAACGCAGGCUAAGGCUAGCUAAGUCGAUCAGUACCAUCUGAGUCUUGCACCUUCAACAUCAUCAACCUGAAAUAUUAAUUAUAUGCGUCAUAUCUACCUAAUUCAUGAAAUGACUGUGUUUGACCGGCCGGGUGGAAUAACAAUCUCAAAUUUUCUAAUGCAUUUUAUGUAAGGCAGCUUUUGCUAUGAUUUGGUUAAUUUGGUUGAUCAAACAGUGUAACCUUAUAUGCAAUUAAUGUAUUGACAAUAAGCUGGUCCCAAGAGGAUUGACCUUGAAAAGGAAAU